AUGUCGCAAAGUCAUGCUUUGUCCGAUGAUCAGGUUGCGGGCGAGCUCCGCAAGAUGACGGCCUUCAUCCGGCAGGAAGCGCUGGAGAAGGCCCGUGAAAUCCAGCUCAAAGCUGACGAAGAGUUCGCCAUCGAGAAGUCCAAGCUCGUUCGCCAGGAGACUGCCGCCAUCGACACUCAGUAUGAGAAGAAGUUCAAGCAAGCUUCCAUGUCCCAGCAGAUCACUCGCUCCACUCUCGCCAACCGCACCCGUCUUCGUGUUCUUUCUUCUCGCCAGGAACUCCUUGAUGAUUUGUUCCAGAAGGCUCGUGAUCAGAUCUCCGGUAUCGCAGCUAAGGAUGCGUCGAAGUAUGAGGCUGUGCUGAAGGGCUUGGUUCUUGAGGGCUUGUACGCUCUCAAUGAAGACAAGGUGUCUAUUCGGGCGAGGAAGCAGGAUACUGAUGCUGUGAAGAAGGCCAUUGAAGAGGCCGAAAAGGAAUUCAAGGAGACCGUCGGCAAGGAGACGUCUGCGGAGCUGGACGAGGAGGAGCCGCUGCCCGAGGGAUCUGCUGGUGGUGUCAUCAUUAUCGGUGGCCAGGGCAAGAUCGAGAUCAACAACACGUUCGAAGAGCGGCUGCGCCUGCUCGAAAUCGACGCCCUGCCCGCCGUCCGCGAGACGCUGUUCGGUAAGAACACCAACCGGAGGUUCUACGAUUAG